AUGUCAAAGUUUACUUGGGCACGCAAAGCCGACUGGUCACACUUCUAUUCGUACUCGGAGGAGAUCUGGCAGUAUUUCAAGGAUAUCGUCGACACACUCGAACUUGAGAAAUAUAUGAAACUCAACCAUGAAAUAAUCGACGCCGAAUGGCACGAGGACGAAGGGAUAUGGCACCUAAAGGUCAAAAAUCUCAUUGACGGAACCGAGUUUGUCGAUAGAGCCGAGAUUUUCAUCAACGGUGGAGGCAUCUUGAACAGCUGGAAAUGGCCAGCAAUCUACGGUCUUCAUGAUUUCAAAGGCACUCUUUGCCACACUGCAAAUUAUGCGGCCGGCACCCACCUUGAUGACAAGCGUGUAGCAGUGAUUGGCGUUGGCAGCAGUGGCAUUCAAGUCACGGCCAACAUCGCGUCAAAGGUCAAACAGCUUUACACCUGGGUGAGGUCACCGACCUGGAUUACGACUGGGUUUGCUCAGAAGUAUGCUGGGCCCGACGGAGCAAAUUUUGAAUACUCCGAGGAGCAGAAGCACAAAUUCGCAGAGAACUUCCCCGAGUAUGUCGUGUAUACCAAAGAGAUCGAAGAUGAACUGAACCAGAGGUUCAAGUUCAUUCUCAACGGCACUCCCGAGGCGAGGGAAGCCAAGGAAUUCUCCACGACACAGAUGCAGGACAAAUUAAAGGGCCGGCAGGAUCUGAUCAGUAUGCUGGUACCCACCAAAUUCGGCGUUGGCUGCCGACGCCCCACGCCCGGAAAUGGCUUCCUAGAAGCCUUGACGCUUCCACAUGUAACGACUUUUCCCAGGGACAUGAUCAAAGUCACCCCCAGAGGUUUCAUCGACCAUCAGGGUUUAGAGCACGAAGUUGAUGUUAUCAUCUGCGCGACAGGAUUCGACACAUCAUGGGUUCCUCGUUUCCCAAUUAAGGCACGCGGAAUGAAUGUCCAAGAUAUGCAAAAGGGUAAACCCGUCUCGUACCUUUCCAUCGGUGUACCCGAGAUUCCGAAUUACUGGACUGUGACCGGUGCAUACGGUCCAGUAGGCCACGGCUCAUUCCUGCCCAUAAUCGAGCACCUCAUGCGACAUUUCAUGAUGCUAAUCAAGAAAAUCCAAACCCAUAACAUCCGUGCCAUGGCACCACGGAAAGAAGUGUGCCAAGCCUUCAUCGAGCAUGCCGAUUUGUACUUGAAGCGUACGGCAUGGUCGUCAGGCUGCCGAAGCUGGUUCAAGCAAGGCAAAGAGGACGGUCCCUUGUCGAUCUGGCCUGGUUCACGGCUUCUUUUCUUCGACGCUCUGUCACAACCGCGAUAUGAAGACUACAGCAUCAGCUACGAGGGUGACAACCCCUUUGGAUUCUUUGGCAAUGGAUUCACUAUUCGGGAGUACGAUGGUAGCGACCUUUCGUACUACCUGGGCACUGCUGAGAAUCCAGGUGCGCUGCUUCCUGCUUCGACUUGCCUGUCGAGCGGAACGCAUGGUUUAGAUGGGGCUUCGAGCGAGAUCCACAGGCAUGGUUCGCCGCAUUCCAUCAUCGCCAACUCAAAUCUUCAAGCCAAUGGUCUUCACGUCCAUUAG